AUGGCUCGGAUAUGUCCCCACACAUUUCUUCCUGUGAAAUGUGAACCCCCCAAGGAAGUGCUAAAAUUUCAGCAACUUCCAAGAGGUACGCCAGAUGCACAUGGACCAUCAAUAUACGACUCUGUCACUCCACCAGUUAUGAACAAGUAUCAUCAGACAAGGUUUGCUGAUGCACUGACUAAAAAACAAUGGGAUGUUGAGAAAAAAAUUCACAAGGUGUAUCUUAAACCUGGGUAUUGCAUCCAUUGUGAUCUUAAAGAAAUAUUGCACUUGAGGCCAAAGAACCAGUUUAAAGCACUGGUCCCUGGUGCGAUGCAUUUGCGGUGGAAACCAGCUGUUCUACAAGUGACUUUAAGCAAUGAAAAGAAAGCUCCACCGAUUCCAUAG